AUGCUUGCAGAUCACGAUAACGAGGGAAAGAGACAUGAAGAGUAUUCUCAGAAGCUGACAGAGAAGGAGAGAAUUGAGAUCUUGUUUAGAUCUCAAAUACACUUCAUGAUUCAGAAUAUUAAGAAGACAGCUCUGCUCUCUGAGCAUGUCAAUCUACUUAUCACUGAGAUGAAACCCAAGACAGCAGACCAGGAAAUGCGGGAUUUUAAGACACAGAUUAACCUGACUAAGAGAAAGCAGCAGAAACUCUUCUCUGAGAAGAUAGUGAAGAGACAUUUUAAGAUGAUUAUCAUCUCAGAUAAGAAGAAGAAGAAGAAGAAGAAGAAUAAGAAGUGA